AUGACCCCCACGCAUUUGUACAUACGCACCUACGGGGAUUCUUCGAAUUGGGUGGAUGUCGAAACUUCAAUUAUACUAUUUAUUUACAAAUUAGUGAAAGCGAACGUUAUUUUAGUUGUAAAAACUGUAUCGAAAAAACCGUCGAUACCUUUGAUUGAAAUUUCUUUGGAAAAUCUAAAUUUCGAAACAACGUCUAUUCCAGAUCCGGCGACUUUGGUUAUUUGGCCGGUUUUAGUAUCCGAACGACGAACUAUCGCAGGUUUAUGUUCGGUAGCUAGAAGUUUAAUUAAAAUUAGCGAUUUAAGCGAUAUAAGAGAUUUAUUGGGGUUCAGAGAAGCUUGUCUUUUAUCUUGUUCGGAAACGUCGACUUGGACGAGAUUUUGCGAAAUCGAUAUCAUCAAAACUACGAAGGACAUUUUGAAAAAUAAAUAUAAUAAAGAAAAAACGUUUUUCAUACCUCCGGAUAUGCUUAGAUUCGAGUACCAUCUAUCGACACCUGCGCGAAUUCAUAACGUAUAUAAAGUGGCUAGAAAAUUUAAUAGUCAAACAGAAAUGCACAGUUUCAGCGAAGGACCUCAAAUGACUCUAUCCGAUAUUAUAUUAUAUCAAUGUUACGAGGUGAUGUUGAAAAAUUCUCCCAAUAAUUUACUCGAAAAAUUACCUCUAACUGCGAUUUGGUUUGGUAAAAUGGAAAAUACUUUAUCGGGUAAAAAAAUACGAAUAACCCAAAAGAAAAUCGCCUCAACACAAAUAAUAGAAUCAAAUUUUAUCAAGCAAAGUUUAUAUAAAUCCGAUCCUGUUCGUUAUAAACCGGAAAAGCGGAUUUAUACUAAACAGAACGAUCUAGAAGAAUCAUUCGAACUACUGAAAAAUAUUUACCUGGAAAUAAAAAAUAAUAAAACGCCUUUCGGUAUGGAAAUCGAAUUCGAUUGGUCGAAAAUCCCUUUAGCAGCCAAUCCUAACGGCGGGGCUUUACCGAAAACCCGAGCCGGCAGAAAAAGCGAGCAAUUGGAAAAUUUAUCGAAAGCGGUUAUGAAAAUAGCGAAAAAAAACGAAUACAAAAUAGUAGAUUUCUGUAGCGGAAGCGGACAUUUGGGAAUCCUCCUGGGUGUUUUGUUACCUAAUUGCCAGAUUAUUUUAGUCGAAAAUAAGGAGAGAUCUCUAUCGAGAGCCGAGGAAACUAUAAAGAAACUCUCGUUGACUAACGUAUCGCUCGUACAAUCGAAUUUGGAUUAUUUCGAUGGCGAUUUCGAUAUAGGAGUGGCUCUACACGCGUGCGGUGUCGCUACGGAUUUAGUUAUACAAAAUUGCGUCGAAAAAAAAGCUCAUUUAGUGGUUUGUCCUUGUUGUUACGGCGGCGUAAGGGAUUGUCAUCGUUUGAGUUACCCUCGUAGCGAACAGUUUCGAAAUUCGGAUGUGGAUUUGAAGAAUUACCUCAACUUCGCGCACGCCGCCGACCAAACUCACGACGAGGAUAAUCUCAAGACGAAACAGGGUUAUUUCUGUAUGGACGUCGUCGAUACCGAUAGGAAAUUUUAUAUCGAAAGUUUUGGUUAUGAAGUGCAUUUAGGGAAAUUGGUUCCUCAUAGUUGUACGUAUAAAAAUAAUUUAUUGGUUGGUCUAUUGAAAUGAAGUUUGAUUUUAUUAAAAUUUUGAUAGAAAAA